AUGAUAGAACUACUUUGGCAGGCAGCUAGGGCAACAAUUGUACUGGAUUGGGAAAGGGCCAUGCAAAAGAUAAAGGAUAUAAACGAGGAUGCACGGAAAGACAUGAUGGAAAUAAGACCUUCCAUGUGUACAAGGUCUGCAUACCGCACAGACAGUCAUUGUGAUUUGCAGGUGAGUAACAUGUGUGAGGCGUUCAACAUGGCUAUAUUAGAGUAUAGAGACAAGCUGAUUAUUUCGUUACUUGAAGGUUUGAAGCAUUAUAUCAUAGUUAGGAUAGUAAAACAAAAGAAUCUUAUGAGCCGGUUUAGAAACACACUUUGUUCGAGGGUUGAACAGAUAAUAGAGAGGUUAAAGCGCGCAGCUGGAGGUUGGACACCGACUUGGCAUGGAGAUGAUGCAUUCAACCUUUUCAUUGUCACAAAUGGGGUUGACACUUAUGAGGUGAACUUGCAACGAUUUUAUUGUGCUUGUCGUAAAUGGGCGUUGAGUGACAUUCCUUGUGUCCAUGCCAUGGUUUGUAUUUUACACAACAAGGUUGAAGUUGAACCGUAUGUCUCGAAAUAUUACAGGUAUUAUACUGAUAUGCUUAGACAACAAAUAUGUGGCAUAAAAACAAGUUUCAUGGCAACAUAUUCUUACAUUGUUCUACCAUCCAAUGAUCCAAGACUUUGGCCAACAGCUGAAGGGGAACCAAUUAAUCCACCGGUCAUGAGAAAAGCCCCCGGUAGACCCAAGAAGAAAAGAAACAAAGCUAAUGAUGAACCCACUUCAAGCAAUGUGUUGCCGAGGAAUUUGACAACAGUUAAAUGUAAAAGUUGUGGGAAUUUUGGGCACAAUUCAAGAACGUGCAAAGGAAAGACUGCGGCGGAUCGACAAUUUCCCAAAGGAAGUAACAAGACAAUGAAACAAAAGAAAACAUUAAACAAAGGAGGAAACAAGACCAAGAAACAAAAGAAAGCAUCAACCACCGAAGCACCUACCGUUUUGACGCAAGGAUCUCAGGCGCCACAAACACAAGAAACAAGUAGAUAG